AUGGUGCGCUUACCGUCGCCGUCCUUCCUCCACUUGGUCCCUGAAGCCGUCGAAGGUGACUUCAGCCAUCCGUUCUAUGCGAAGGUCAUGAGUAUCGACCACGGCGCGGUGACGUUUCGAAGUCUCGAAGGGGGAGAGGGAUACCUGCCGCGUUCAGCGGCCGCUGAGUUCGUGGUGACGGCUAACGAAGUCUCCGAGGCAGGGCAAUUAUCGUUUCUAAGGCGCCCAGUGUCAGCUCAAGUCGCAGAGCAAGUUCAUUUUGGCCAGAUCAUGGCGGUGGGAGGGAAUCAGCUGACUAUUAUUUGUGCGGGGGACGAGAUAAUGGCCGCGAUGGAUUUCAUGUCACUAGUGCCCCCAAUCGUGGCGUUCCUGCUCCAGCAGGUUCAAUGUCAUCUCGAAGAGUGGACAGCAGGUGGCAUUCAGGACGUUGAAACUGCAAUUUUAGACCGCGCCCUGGGCCGGAAUGGCCAUGCAGGCUCCAAGUCCCUGACUGUGGUCUUGGAAGGGCUGAUGGCCGAAGAGUGCUAUCCUACGCCGACGCAAAUGUGCGGUUGGAUUGAUCCAGGAACUGAUGACGAGGUCCAGUUCCCACCGCAACAUGCACUUGACUUCGCCUACUACGUGGACGGGCGCAGAGACUUAGUGCCUGCGAGCAUUGGACCGCCGUUCUGUCGGCCACCGAGGCAGCAGCAGCAGCCCGAGCAAGUUGAGCAAGAGGUUCACGUCAGCGAGCGAGAACAAGUAGAGCUCUUGUUUGACCUCUUGGUGGACGACGAUGAAGACGGGUUAGACCAGCAAGUGUGUGGGGGCCCUGCCACGGGUGAAGACAACGUCCAAUCAGCAACUGGGAAGCGUUCCCGAGUCGUAACCAGCAGCACCACGCACAACCCUCAGCUGCCGAACCGAGACGAAAAGCGGCGGCGAACAGCAUUGGACCAGGACGCCAUGAUCAUCGAAAAACUGAGCUAA